GAGCACAUUCACCGCUACCAUGUAGCACUCGGUGGUUCCGGUCACGCAAGUGGCGGUGACCACGACAGCUUCCGGCGUAGAUGCAGUUCGCGCAGAGAUGUCGUACGUGUACGCUGUGACUGUCGCUUGUUAUGUUUAGCCGUUUCGCUGUGGGUGUUCGGUGAAUGUCGUGUUUUCCCUCGCAAGACCGUUGGGCCGCAAGGUAGAAGUGUCGUUUUCCCCCUUUUUUUUUUCGUCUCAUCGACGCACUUGGGCGCGCGUGCCAAGCAUGCAGUUCUACAAGGAAAAGCUGCUGUCGCCCGGUCAACUGAAGCGGUUGAGCGAGCACAAGUACAGCUGCACAACCAACAGCCUCCUGGACGGUCUGUUGCAACCGUGGUGGGACUGGCUGGUCAGCAAAGUGCCACUCUGGCUCGCACCCAAUCUCAUCACUAUGCUCGGCCUCAUCGUCAACAUCGUCACCACCUUGAUCCUUGUCUAUUACAGUCCGGACGCGAGGGCCGAGGCACCUAGAUGGGCAUGUUUUUUAUGUGCACUUGGUCUAUUUAUAUACCAGAGCUUAGAUGCCAUUGAUGGCAAACAAGCCAGAAGAACUGGUACAUCUACACCACUGGGUGAACUGUUUGAUCAUGGGUGUGAUUCAAUAUCAACAGUAUUUGUUGCUUUAUCAGCAUGUAUAGCAGUACAAUUGGGAUAUUAUCCAACGUGGAUGUUUUUCCAGUGUUUCUGUGCAAUGACACUUUUCUAUUGUGCUCAUUGGCAGACCUAUGUCUCAGGUUCCUUGAGAUUCGGUAAAGUGGAUGUAACGGAAGCACAGUUUACAAUCAUAAUUAUUCAUCUGAUAUCUGCAAUCUUUGGCCCAGAGAUCUGGAUGAUGGAGAUAUCAUUCUUAGAUGGUUUUCUAGUUAAGUAUUUACUAGGAGUUUUAACAGUCGUGUGUGCAGUGGCAAAUUUGUAUCCCAUAUUUUCGGUGAUUUUCACCGGAGGAGUGGGCAAGAACGGUUCCACUGUGGCUAUCCCUGGGCUCGGUGUAGGCACGCUCAGUAACUACGUAGCGAUGAUCUUUUACGCAGGCUACGUUCAUGUGUUUCUUGAAUUCUGUAAAGUCUUUGAAUCCGGUGGGAUUGGAAAAAACGGUUCCACAAUUGCAUUGCCAUACACUGGCACAGAGGUGAAGGUGUUUCCGUUAUGGGCUGCUGUGGGCAUCGCUAUUUUACUUGCACAGAGCAGCAUAUCCGUCAUUCUCGCCGGUGGUGUCGGAAAAAAUGGCUCCACCGUCGCAGGGACAUCCGUCUUAUCUCCAAUAAUACCGUUUAGCUUCGUUGUAGUGCUAGCCUUUAUAAUAUAUAGGAAAAGUGCUCAACACGUCUACGAAAAUCAUCCAGCCCUGUACAUACUUGCGUUCGGAAUGGUGGCAGCCAAAGUUACCAAUAGAUUAGUGGUUGCUCACAUGACCAAAAAUGAAAUGCAAUAUUUAGACAGUUCGCUAAUCGGUCCAGCUAUGCUGUUCCUCAAUCAAUAUUUCAACUUUUUCAUCAAUGAGUACUAUGUGCUUUGGCUGUGUUUUAUCUGGGUUACUUUGGAUCUCUUCCGGUAUAGUGCUCAAGUGUGUCUGGAAAUAUGCGAUCAUAUGAAGAUCAAGCUAUUCAGGAUAUCAGUGUCUGAUCGUACAAACGCCAGCCAGGUUUCUAACAUUGCCGAGAAAAAUGUUCACAUGACGCUGGAGGCAGAGCCGCUAUUAGACGACGAGUAUUAUCAUCACGGAUCCGACACCGCCCUCGACCUCUGAUAUUAGCGGCAGUGCUAAUUGUUAUUAGCCGACCGACCUGCCGAGAGACCUGCCUUUCGAAAAAAAAAAUGCAAUAACGUAGAUUGUAAUCGUACGUGCGAAUCGACGAGAAUCGCGCUGGACGAAGUUAUGCGAGGUGAUGAUAGCUCCGCGAUUUCACCCGCAGCAAUACAUAGAGCGAUGCACGGGGAAUGAUGAUUUGUUUGUCGUACCCUCUGCAAAGGAGCAUGAUGUAUCUUACAUACAUACAUACAUGUAUAUAUAUAUAUAUAUGCAUACAUAUAUACAUAUAUACGACACACGCAAAGCUGUAACGUGUCUCACCCGUGCAGAUCUUUUCCACGCGUUCUUUUUAUAUCGUAAUAUUUUGUGGACACAUUGUUCCUCGACAUGGAUAUGGAAUAUCAUGCGUGUGAAGAGUUUGCGCGACGUUCUUUUCGACAAGAACAGUACAAAAGCUGCGUAUAGAGCGUUCUGCGACACAAUCGAGUUAUUGUUAAUGACCGUCGACGGCGACAACGACGACGAUGAUGAUGAUAUUUGUAACGAUAGUAGAGCGAACUGUAUUUAUUACACCGGAUAAAACAUCCGCCGCAGUCGGCGGACAUUUAUCCGCGCCUGUUAGAUGGAUGUUACUUAAACAGAUUAAUUAUAUAAAUACGAUAUGUACGUUUCGUAACGUUGCGCUCGUCUCUGCAAUCUAAGGAUAUUUAUUGCGAACGUAGGAGAAUAGAGUUCGACGAAUUGUUGCACUGAGAUUUCAUUGAGGAAGAAAAAAGAUGCAGAAAACAAAGGAAGCUACGAUAUUUGUCUUGCGUAAAGUGUGCUAAUUAUCAGGAAGCAAUGAGUGUAGUUGAUUUGUCAGCUUGUCGCCUUAAUGAUAUUGUUCUUAGCGAAGGAUUAGUCACCUAAUGAACAAUACAGAAUAGACUUGUUAGAAGAAGAAAGAUUCACAUAUAUUUUAUACAAUAAUGAUACGAAGAUAUAACGAGAAGAGAAGCAACUCUGGAGGCUUGCAGAAGACCUUCAAGUAUAUAUGUACAAGUUAGAAGUGAACGCGAACACUGCAGUAUUAAAAAUAGUGUUAAUCUAAAAUAGGUUCUCUCUGUCUUCACAUUUCGAUGUAUAUUUUCACACGGUGAUUAUUGUUGUGUCACAAUCACGGCAGAAUGAAACGUAACGGACGAACGCUUGGAUACUUACUACUCAUUUCUCACGAGUGUACAUGCGUAUGCGCGUGUUUGACUGUUAUCUUUUAGAUUAAAUAACAAUCUAAUCUGUGGUGUUCACGCGCAGCGUCAAGUAAUCUAGUACCGCGCUGUAAAUACAGGUACUAAGGCAUUUCUACUCCAACGAUCACAACAUAAUAAUUAUAAUUGAUAUACUGUUUAAUAAAGUUUAUACGAGC